AGAAGAUUCCGGUCACGUGAUGAAGUGUCACAUGCUCCUCUGCUUUGAGAGAGCUCAGUCAUUAACCUGCGGUGGAGGCUGUGUAAGAUUACCGAUCAGCUCCACCAUCAUACCGACACUGGUGAGAAACAUCAGCUGCUUCCUGACUGGUGUGGUUUGGACAUAAAAUAUUAACUGCUACUGUGCGAUUCCCUGUCCCCUUACUCAGACCUUCUGGUCAACUUUUCAACUCCACUUGGAUCCAUAGAGUUGGAGACUAACUUCCUUGGGUGUGUAAGGCUUGGCAGGCCGAGCUACAGCCUGUUGACUCAUGGCGAUUAACACUGAUGUCGAGGACUGGGGAGGAGUUGGGAGUAAUGACUCUGGCGAAAGAGCGUGGCUCUUGCAGAGCCCCAGCGUGGAUUCUGACCGGCAUCUUGAGACGGACAGGACGAGGAGCGGGGGCGUGUCCUCUUUGGGAGCUGUAUUCAUCGUAGUGAACGCGGCGCUGGGAGCAGGUCUACUCAAUUUCCCCGCAGCCUUCAAUAUGGCAGGAGGUGUAACUGCGGGAGUGAUGCUUCAGAUGUUUAUGCUGAUCUUCAUAAUCAGUGGACUGGUGAUCCUGGGCUACUGCUCUCAGGUCAGUAACGAAAGCACCUAUCAGGAGGUUGUCCGAGCCGCUUGUGGGAAAGUCACAGGCGUCAUAUGUGAAGUAGCUAUUGCUGUCUACACCUUUGGGACUUGCAUUGCUUUCUUUAUUGUCAUUGGAGACCAGCUGGAUCGCUUGAUAGCUGCAAUGGCUCAUGAAUCCGAUACUACAGUCAACGGCUACUGGUACACUGACCGUAAAUUUACCAUUGUUGUUACUGCCGUCCUGCUUAUUCUUCCUCUCUCCAUCCCCAAAGAGAUUGGCUUUCAGAAGUAUGCCAGCGCACUGAGUGUGAUGGGAACCUGGUAUGUUACCAUCGUGGUCAUUAUAAAGUACAUCUGGCCGGAUAGAGAGGUGACUCCGGGCUAUGUUCCCACGAGUUCUUCUUCCUGGACUGCAGUUUUCAAUGCAAUGCCCACCAUAUGCUUUGGUUUCCAGUGCCAUGUCAGCUGUGUGCCAGUGUUCGACAGCAUGAGCAGAAAAGAGAUCAAACCUUGGGGCGUUGUAGUCACACUCAGCAUGAUCAUUUGUCUCUUUGUUUACACAGGAACAGGUGUCUGUGGCUUCCUGACAUUCGGCUCCAAUGUCAAUCAAGAUGUGUUGAUGUCAUACCCUCCCGAUGAUAUCGCAGUGGCCAUCGCAAGAGCUUUUAUUGUCAUCUGUGUCAUCACCUCCUACCCCAUUUUACACUUCUGUGGCAGGGCAGUUAUUGAAGGACUUUGGCUGCGUUUCCAAGGUGAGCAGGUGGAGGUGUGUGUGCAUCGUGAGCGGAGGAGGAGGAUCCUGCAGACACUGGUGUGGUUUGUUGUCACCCUCGUCCUAGCCCUCUUCAUCCCAGAUAUUGGUCGGGUGAUCUCUCUGAUUGGAGGAUUGGCAGCCUGCUUUAUCUUUGUAUUUCCAGGUUUGUGUUUGAUGCAAGCCAAGCUGUCAGAGACAGACAAUCGAUCUGCAAGCUGGCACGGAUUGGUGGUCUUCGGUGUUGUCAUGGUUACAAUCGGAGCUUUCAUCUUUGGCCUCACCACGACUAACUCCAUCUAUCAAGACGUCGUUAGCUAAAAUGAACAUUUUUGUCGGAGCCAGGGGUGUCCUCGUUAUUGAAGACGGAGGGGGGUCCGGGGGGUGCUUAGUCCUGUGCUGCUAUACUGAACUACUGGAAAAGAUGAAGAAGCAUCUCAUGACACUCAUUUAAAAAAAAAAAAACUCUACGGCAUGUCACAUCCCUGCUCCAUGUUGAGUUGAAGCUCCACAGCUCUUUACUCAGUCAGGUAGUAUUCAGAGACACCCCACAAUGCCAAGUGACUUCAGACACUUUGCCUUUUAAUUUAUGUAAAAUUUAAAUUGCAUGUUUUAUGUUUUUAUGAUGAUUUUAACUUGCUGUCAGAAUGUUUUUUUUAACGGUUUAGCCAUCCCGCCAGGGCACAGAGCGGCUUCCCCCGUCUGUAGACCCUGUGUGGAUGACACAUUCCUGUCCUGUUUACAAGAGCCGAAGGACUUUGUAUAGAAAGGCCUUACAAUCAAAUUGAUUUUAAUAAUGAAAUUGUACCAAUUUGUGUAUUUUAACUUGCAUGUAAAAGUAAAUGUUUCUUAUUGAAAAUGACAGGCUGUGGUUCCCAGGUUUAAUCCAGGUCCAGACUUUAAAUUGGCGCUGCUCGUAGUUUGUCCACAAAUGAAUCCGAAGUGAGUGAUAGGUUUGCAUCAUUAAUGAGUGAUAUGUUCACUGCAGGGCCGGGCUGUUCAAGUUGAUUUAUUCAUUUCCAGUCAGAAUUAUAUUUUUUAAAUACAUUCAGGAAAUCAUUUUGAGUUAUUUAUGUUUUAGUUUUGUUUCUUAUAUAUUUUUUCUUACAUAUUUUAUAAAGUUAGAAGUACUUUGAUGAUUUUAUAAUUGGCUUUAAGGUAAAAUUAUAUUUUAAGAUAAGUUUGCAAAAGUGCAAGCCUGCAGGCCUUUGAGAUUAGUUGCUCCAAUGUGCAGACAGGCUGAAAACCUCAACAGUGCUCCUCCCCAAACACUGCACAGAUCAGCAGGAUGUCCAAGACGAGCAGCGCCUCCACAUUCAGGAAAUGAAAAAAGACAAAAUCUUUCAAGUGAAAAUGAGUCUUUGUGAAUGUAUGCAAAAAAAAAAAUGGAUGGAACCUACACAGAAUUCAGUUUGCACAUCAUUUUACAGGAACAAGUUGCUCUUGGUGUACAGAGACAGAUUAUCUGUCAGUGGGGAGAUGUCAAUUAGUAAAACUCAGAGGUUUUAUUUAUUUGAAUCAGUACAUGACUGCAUACUUUGUUUCUACCACUUUUUUCUUUACCAAAAACAUGUGUGAGCUUUCUUCUUUUGUCCCAGUAUUUAACACUAAUUAAAGACGUUAACACAGUUAUUGAGAUCAUUACAUUGGAUUGUAAGUUAAAUUGAUUAAAUUUGCCAAAAUUAUUUUUUCAAUCAAGCUGCAAAUGCAGCUGAAAUAAAUAAUUAAAAUAAAGAAAAUGUUCAAGGGUUUACAGUGACUUUUAUAUCUGGUUUUACACUUAAUUACAUUAUUACAGCUAAUAAUCUUUGGUACGUUAAGCAUGUUAUGAUCCAUAAUUCAAGCCUGUUUUUAUUGUUUAUCAAAGUUUGAUGAAACCCAGAAAUAUAAGGUGUAAGGGAAGGAGAAUGUGAAAAGGGAUUUUUUUUUUUCUUUGGAAAAGCAAUUAUGUUGCCUUAGUCACACUGUUGGACUAAAUACAUGGAUACAUUUACCGUAUUAUUUAGAGGAAGGGAGGGGAGCUACAGUCAGAGCAGUAAUGCUGUCUGUGAACAGAACAAACACUUUGGAGCGUCAGACUGUUUUUAUAUUAAAAUGGCUUGUAAUCAUUGUUGGAAUACAAAUAGCUUUUAUGGUUUGAGGUUUGAUUUUUUUUUUACCUUUUGGUGCUGCAGACAGUUUGUCUGGUCACGAGUGAAUGUCAGGUGCACUUAUAAUUUCUGUCACUGAUUUACUCUGUUUUCAAGAAUGUACACUUUUUUCAUUUGUUAAUCUGAAACCAUGUGUCCCUGUUGUCUCAAACUGAAAGUUGACUUGCAAACAAAGUUCAUGGUAAAUUUGAAUGGUAAUACUUAACAGAACUACCUGUGAUGUACCGAUAAGUGAACUACAAUGAAGGCAUGUGAAUAAAUCUGACAAUCCAUGAUACUGGUGGUUCUUUAAUAAAAAGGGACAAAUGCAAGUGAAGUAGAACUUUGGAUCAAGACAGGAGUAAUUUUAUUUAAGUUCAGAACAACCAACCAUCUGUUAUUUACUUUUUCUGAAAAUGGUCAAUGAAAACAACAAACAUCAAGAUUUAAGUUUACAUCAGUGCCACAGGAAAUCGUUUCAUUUGAUCAGAUAAGGUGCAGUCUAAGUAUCUGGACAAGGACAGUUUGUUUUUAAUUCAGCACAUUAGAUAUGAAAUGAAUCAAAGCGACUCUGAGCAGGGUUUUCACUUCUAUUUCAGGUGAACAGUAAAGGACUUGUAACCUUUUAUACAUACAUUAGUAGUUCCCUAGUUUCAGGACAAUACUCUUAAACAAGGCCACCAGAAAGGUUUUAAGGCUAAGCAGAACUGAGGGUACCUUUCACUUA